AUUAUUCGUGGCCAGUCCUUUGACAGUGAGGGUGGUUUGUGCAAAUCAAAAAAUGAAAUCCUUAGCGUUAAUUUUUGUCAGUUUACUGGCGGUUUAUUCAAUAAACUGUGAAGUGUAUUUUGAAGAGAAAUUCCCCGAUGACUCGUGGGAAUCCAAGUGGGUGUACAGUGAGCACCCUGGCAAGGAGUUCGGCAAAUUCAAGCUGACUGCUGGAAAGUUCUACAGUGAUCCGGAGGAGGACAAAGGUCUCCAAACAUCUGAGGAUGCGAGGUUCUAUGCGCUAUCAACAAAGUUCAAGCCGUUCAGCAAUGAAGGCAAGACCCUGGUUGUUCAAUUCUCCGUCAAGCACGAACAGGACAUUGACUGCGGAGGUGGAUACCUGAAGGUGUUCGACUGCAAGCUUGACUCGAAGGACAUGCAUGGAGAGACACCCUACGAAAUCAUGUUUGGUCCUGACAUCUGCGGUCCCGGUACCAAAAAGGUACAUGUUAUCUUCAGCUACAAGGGCAAGAAUCACCUAAUCAAGAAGGACAUCCGCUGCAAAGACGACGUCUACACCCACGUAUACACUCUGGUCGUCAAACCUGACAACACCUAUGAAGUCCUCAUCGAUAAUGAGAAAGUGGAGUCUGGAGAACUUGAGGCUGACUGGGACUUCCUCCCGCCUAGGAAGAUCAAGGACCCACAAGCCAAGAAGCCCGAAGACUGGGACGACAAACCCACCAUCCCCGACCCCGAUGACAAGAAACCCGAAGAUUGGGACAAACCAGAGCAUAUCCCUGACCCCGACGCUGUCAAGCCUGAGGACUGGGACGAUGAGAUGGAUGGCGAGUGGGAGCCUCCCAUGAUCGACAACCCUGAAUACAAGGGUGUCUGGGCGCCUAAACAGAUUGACAACCCUGCCUAUAAAGGAGUCUGGGUCCAUCCCGAGAUCGAUAACCCUGAGUACACAGCGGACCCUACCCUAUAUGUUCGCAAAGAACUGUGCUCCGUCGGUCUCGAUUUAUGGCAGGUCAAGUCUGGCACGAUCUUCGACAACUUCAUGUUCACUGAUGACCCUGAGGCAGCGAAAGCAGCUGCCGAGCUCGUGAAGAAACGCGUUGAGGGUGAGAAGAAGAUGAAGCAUGAGCAGGAUGAAGCGGAGCGAGAGAAGACCAAGGCUGAAGAUAAGGACGAAGAUGAGGAUGAUGAGGACUUGGAUGAUGCUGAGCCUGUGCCUACGGAUGACCACGAUGAGCUGUAAAAUGUGUGCCAUGCGUGCAAAGACAAUAUUCCGUGUGAGUGAAAAUGCGUGAACGCGUACUCGGUGUUAGUCUGUUGUCAGAUCGUGUGUUACUUUCUCUCUUAUUUAUACGGGGC